AUGCGAGGUUCUGAGAGCAGCGGCAAGGGUCGCCUCGUGAGACCGUUUCUGAGCAUCAUUGUGCUGGAUGAUGAUGAUGAAGAUGAAGCAGCUGCCCAGCCAGGGCCCUCCCACCCACCCCCCAGUCCGGCCUUACCCCAGGCAGAAGCCCCUGGCUCCUCUGAGCCCAGUGGGGCCGGAGGCAGCAGUAGUUCUGGCGGCAAGAAAUGCUACAAGUUGGAGAAUGAGAAGCUGUUUGAAGAGUUCCUUGAACUGUGUAAGAUGCAGACGGCAGACCACCCUGAAGUGGUCCCAUUCCUAUGUAACCGGCAGCAGCGUGCCCACUCCGUAUUUCUGGCUUCAGCGGAGUUCUGCAACAUUCUCUCUCGGGUCCUGUCUCGGGCCCGGAGCCGACCAGCUAAGCUUUAUGUCUACAUCAACGAGCUCUUAACUGUUCUCAAGGCCCACUCAGCCAAGAAGAAGCUGAACUUGUCCCCUGCUGCCACCACCUCCAGUGAGCCCUCUGGAAAUAACCCUCCCACUGACCAGUCCUCAGACCACACAAAUACUGAGACCACUGCUUCUGAGCCUCCAAGGACUCGUGGUUCCCGGCGGCAGAUCCAGCGUUUGGAACAGCUGCUAGCUCUCUAUGUGGCAGAGAUACGGAGGCUGCAGGAGAAGGAGCUGGAUCUCUCAGAACUGGACGAUCCCGACUCUACAUAUCUGCAGGAGGCACGGUUGAAGCGUAAACUAAUCCGCCUCUUUGGGCGUCUGUGUGAGCUGAAAGACUGCUCUUCACUGACAGGCCGUGUCAUAGAGCAGCGCAUCCCCUACCGUGGAACACGCUACCCAGAGGUUAACAGGCGUAUUGAACGGCUUAUCAACAAGCCAGGGCCUGAUACCUUCCCGGACUAUGGAGAUGUGCUGCGGGCUGUAGAGAAGGCAGCUGCUCGUCACAGCCUUGGCCUCCCCAGGCAGCAGCUCCAGCUCAUGGCCCAGGAUGCCUUCCGAGAUGUGGGCAUCAGGCUACAGGAACGACGCCACCUUGAUCUCAUCUACAACUUUGGCUGCCACCUCACAGAUGACUAUAGGCCAGGCAUUGACCCUGCGCUGUCGGAUCCCACCCUAGCCCGGCGCCUGCGCGAAAACCGGAGCUUGGCUAUGAGCCGACUAGAUGAGGUCAUCUCCAAAUAUGCAGUGAUGCAAGAUAAGAGUGAGGAGGAUGAGAGGCAGAGAAGAAGAGCCCGACUUCCCCAAGGCAUCUCUUCCCACUCUGCAGAUCCCCCCAGAGCUUCCUCAGAUUCUGGUGAGGGUCCUAGUGGUUUGGCAUCCCAGGAGUGCCCUACCACCUCCAAGGCUGAAACAGAUGAGGAAGAAGAUGAGGAAAGUGAUGAUGAGGAAGAGGAGGAGGCCACAGAUUCUGAAGAGGAGGAUCUGGAACAGAUGCAGGAAUGUCAGGGGACCAGUGAAGAGGAGGAAGAGGAAGCAGGCAAAGAUGGAGACAAGAGCCCCCUACCCCCAUCACACAUCUCCCCUAAGAAGGACCUGGAACCUGGCAAAGAGACAAACAAGUCUUCAAGGGAGCAGCCAAACAAAACACUCCCACUAUCCCCACCAUCUUCACUGUCAGAGGAGCCGCUGGCUCUUUCCAGCACAGAUGCUGAAAGCAAUGGAGAAAAGUUGCCCCAGGAGGAAGAGAGUCCUAUGUCUCAGCUCUUUGAGCUAGAGAUCGAAGCUUUGCCUGUGGAGGCCACCCCUUCCCCUGAGGAGAGGGACAUAUCUUCUACCAGGAAGCACACAGAGGUCUCCCUCUCCACUGUUCUGGAGAACGGAGCAGCCAUGGUCACUUCUAAUUCCUUCAAUGGAGGUGUGUCUCCUCAUAAUUGGGGAGAUUCCUCCCCCCCAGGCAAGAAACCUCGGAAGGAGAAGGACACAGGAUCAGGAGACAGCUAUGUGGAAAAGCAAAGGGCAGUGCAUGAGAAGAAUGGGAAGAUUAUAUGUACCCUUGCCAGCCCACCCUCACCCUUGGCAUCCAUAACCCCAGUUGCUGAUUCCUCGACAAGGGACUCUCCCAGCCAUGUUCUGGUCACCAGCUCCCUCUACAGCCCUUCAGCUAGGCUGCCCCAAAUUCCUCAAUCCCAAGGCCCCCGGCCUGGUACUUACAAGAUGAGUGUGGCCACACAGUGUGAUCCAGAGGAGAUCAUUGUGCUUUCAGACUCUGAUUAA